UAAUUUAUAUUUCUUGUUAUUUUAUGCUGUCGUAAAUUUUACAACGAGUUAUUUAAAUUCAAAUAAAGAUACUGUAUUUCCCAUAAACAGUAAACUAUGAUAAUAAUUGUGUGAACUGUGAAGAUAAACACGAAAUGGAAUGCUGCAAACGUCAUUUGAAGAAACUCGAGUUGUGAUUUAUUUUUUCUGUGAUUUUUUGGAAAACAAUACGAAAUAUUUGUGACUUGUGUGCUUUUGUGCUAAACACGACGUUUUCUUCAAAACGUUAUACGUGUCUAAUGUGUUUAAAAUAUGAAUUGGUUCGAUACGUCGGGGUUGACGAGCUUAGCCAAGUCAGCAUUGAAAGAGGCACAGAAGACUAUAGAUAAAGCUUUAGAUAUACAAGAAGAUAGCAGUGAAGAACAAGAAGACGAGACAAAUGCUCCCUCAAGUACUAAAUCUUCGCCCGGAGGCGGUAACGUACCACAAAAAGAUAACUCAGAUUUUUUUUCCUCUUGGGGCUUAAGCAUGAGUGCUGAGGGCGGAAAGUCCGAAGAAACAGGCGAAAAAACCGUAGUGACAGAGAGCCCUUCUAAAUCUAGCUCCCAAAGAAUGUGGGGUUCUUUUGCUGGUUCUUUUUUUGACCAAUCGAAAUCUGAUACCAAUGCCAAAGUAUCUGAUACAAAUACCGUAAUCCGGCCUCCAAAAGCUAAAUCUAUGAAUGUUAUUUCUGAUAAAUACGAUAGUCAAGAUGAUUUGUUUUCGAAAAGUCAACUUGUUAUGUCUGAUGGUGCUGAAUGUUUGAGUUUAAAAAAGGAGGAGUCACCUAAAAUGGAUGAUAGACGAAAUUCUUCAAUGUCAAAUGUAUUAUCCUUUGUAUCAAGCAGAAACAGCUCUGACUCAGUUGAGGUUCUGUCGCAAAGUUUGAAGUCCACACCUGAUUCUGAGGCAGCAUCUUGCCAAUCCAUAUCACAUAGUAGUAGUGCUGGCUUAAAGCUCAAUUCGGAAUCUGUGGAGAUCUUACCUGAUAGUCUAGUAAGCCCCAGUUCAAUUGAAUGCUUAGGUUUUGAUAGCUAUGCAAGUGAUAAAAACAGUAGCUCUUCCUCCAAUCUGUCGGCAAGUUAUUUAUCAGAUAAGAAGUCGACACCAGUUGGUGAGCAAACUGAAAAAGCUGACACGGCAGACAGUGUGAGUUUAGUUGCUGACGAUGAUGAGGAUACAAUGUCUUACAACUCUAUUUCAGAAUGUACUGCACCCACUGUUUUAGAUACUGAUGAUAAACCUCUAAGCCCUUUCCCAAAAAUAGCUAGAAUUGAAGCUAGGAGACCUACUGAUAAAGAAUUUUCAAAUGUUGAUCAGCCGUUGCUCAUUUCUCACAAAAUGCAAAUAAGUGAAAACUCAUCAAAUGAUGGUUCAUGGUCUGAUAGGACUUUAAAUGCAGACAACGAAAGCAUUUCACACGAAAAUUCAGCAGACGAGCAGAAAAAAGCUACAGACCAAGAAGAUGUAUUAAUGGAGAAAUUGAGUGAUUCAUCCUCAUUUUGUAAUAUUAACGUAUCAGCUGAUUUGGUGGCGUCUGAAAGUUCUGCUUUCGUUAAUAUUCAGAAUAAGCAGUGUAGUGUGCCAGAAAGUAGUGAAUCAUCUCAGAAAGAACCAAGUGUAAAGGAACGGAUAUCACCAGUCAGUUCAGAAAGUAAAAGUGAUUUAGUGAAAAUCGGUUCCGACAGAACAUCUGGUCACACAUCAGGGGAUGAACUAGAAACAGCUACAUCAUCGGACAUAGAAAUAAUUCCUAGUCCCAAUGGAGAAAGUAGCAAUGGAUGCAGAAAUAGCCCUGGGAAAUAUGGCUUAAAACAAAAAGUUGACGGAGCAUCGUCACCUAAUUUAGUAGACUUGGUCCUUGGUAAAAGCUUAGCAAGUAAAAUCCGUGGACACAAUAGGGAAUUGUCAGAGGCUUCAGUACAGAGCAACACAAGUGAUGAAAGCCAGUCAGAGAAUGAUAAAUUAAUGCGCAGAUUGUGUGAAAUGGCAGAAAUAUUAGAUGCUAGAGAGAAUAGACUGACAGAACUUACUAGAAAUAAUGCAGAGUUAACUGAAUCUAACACUAGUUUAAAGCAUCAAGUUGAAGCUUUAAUGGUGAAGCAUGAAGGAGGGGAUAUUAAUACAAUAACUGAGGAAUACACCCAGAGGUUGUCAGCACUUGAGAAGAAAUUUCAACAGGUGAUUAGAGAAAAGGAUCAGUUAAGGCAUCGUCUAGACAAUUACAAAACUGAAGUAUGCCGGAAGAACUCUUCGGAAUUUGAGAGCAGCUUAAAGGAAAAGGAGGAGAUCAUAGCCCAGCUACAGGAGGAGGGGGAGAAACUUGCACGCCAGGAGUUGCAGCAUUCCAAUAUCAUCAAGAAGUUGCGGGCCAAAGAGAAGGACAACGAACAAGUUAUUAAGGGUUUGAGAGACAAACUAGCAGAGCUGACAUCGGAGCUAGAGCGUGUCAAGCGAUCAAUGGCGUCCAAGGAAGAGGUGGAAGUUACCCAGAUUGAAGCCGUGUACCGGCUGACUAAUGCCAACAAGAAGCUGGAGACUGAACUUAUAGAGACCAAGGGCGCGCUGGACGACGCGAGUCAGAAGCUGGAGGGCGCGCGCACGUCGCUGGACGCGCUGAAGCACGAGCUGGCGGACGCGCAGCGCGGUGCCGCUGAGCGGCAACAGCAGCAGGCGGCGGGCGCGGCCUUGGCGGACAAGUGCGAGCGCGCCGAGCGGGACGUCGCGCUCUUGCGCCACGAGCUGCGACAGCUGCGCGACGAGCGAGUCCGCGAGGAGCAGCGCUGGGUGGCGCGCGCGGAGGCGCUGCGGCGCGAGGCGGCGGAGGCGCGCGAGGCGGGCGAGGCGCGCGCGGCGGGCGAGGCCGAGGCGCCGGCCGCGCUGCUGCAGCAGCUGGCGGCGCUGCAGCGCGGCGCGGUGGAGCGCGAGCGCGCGCACGCCGCCGCGGCCGCGGGGCUGGCGGCACAGCUCGCGGAGGCCGAGACGCAGGCGAGCAGGGCGCGGGAGCGCGAGCGCGCGGCGCGCGACGAGGCCGCGGCGCUGGGCUCGCAGCUGGCGGCGGCGCACCGCGACCAGCUGGCCGGCAGCCGCGCCGUGCGCGAGCUGAGCGAGCGGUGCCGCGCGGCCGAGGAGAUGCAGGCCGCGGCGCAGGAGUUGCUGGACCGCAAGAGCAACGAGAUGGAGAGCUUGAAGCAAGAAUCCGAGACAGAAAUAACGGCGCUCAAGGCGAGAGUGAGCGAGAUAGAAACACAACUAGCCGAAUGUCAAAGUAUUUUAGAGACUGAGAGGAAACGGAACGCUAUAUUACAAGAACAAGUAUCCACACGUGGAGACGUGUCCCCCUCCCAGUCUAUCGCGUCAGACUCAUUCUCCACUUCGUUUUGGCAAACGGAGGAGGGUGCGGGUGCGGGUGCGGGCGCGGGCGCCGGCGCGCUGUCGGCGGCGGGCGUGGAGGACGCGCUGGCGGCGCUGACCCGCAAAGAGGGCGAGCGACGCGGCCUGUCCGCCGCGCUGGCCGCCAUGCGCGAGGAGCGCGCGCGCACCAACGACCGCCUGGCAGACCUGCAGGCCAAGCUGCAGGACUACCAGAGCCUGCAGGAGCAGUACGACGCGCUGCUGCAGAUGUACGGCGAGAAGGAGGAGCAGCUGCACGAGCUGCGCCUCGACCUGCAUGACGUCACGCAGCUCUACAAGGCGCAGCUGCACGACCUGCUGGCGCUGCGCCAGGCCGCGCCGCGGUAGCGCCCGGGCCCCGUCUACACACGACUCCUAGGGAAAACAAGGCGGAUCGUGAAGUUCUUGGGACACUUGACAGAUGAAAAAAGUAUAAAUUCGUUCUUUUGGUAGUUAUACUUCUUUUGGCGCGUUAGGGAAAAAUGUUGAGGGUAAAUUUUUACGAU